UAGAUAAAACUAAAUUUAAAAUGGGGUUCGACAUAAAGAGAAUGGACAUUUACAGAAAGGUCCCUAAAGAUCUGACACAGCCUACUACCACCGGUGCUAUUGUUUCUAUCUGUUGCUGCAUAUUUAUCGCUUCCAUGUUAUUUGUUGAACUGCUAUGGUUCAUAUCUCCAGACAUCAAAUCCGAACUUAUUGUCGAGAAUAACGAUCCAACAGAAAGGAUUCCAGUUCGAAUAAACGUGAGUAUCCCUAACAUGCGCUGUGAGUUUUUAGGAAUAGAUAUUCAGGACGAUCAAGGGCGGCAUGAAGUAGGUUUUAUAGAAAACACUGUAAAAACCCCUCUAGGAGAUACUGGCUGCCUAUUUGAGGCUAAAUUUCAGGUAAACAAAGUUCCUGGGAACUUUCACCUCUCCACACACUCAGUAGAUGUCCAGCCGGACCAGUACGAUUUUGCGCAUGAAAUCCACGAAAUCUCAUUUGGCAGUAAAAUCCGCAAAAUCAGCGCCAAGAACAUUCGCAGCAGCUUUAACCCUCUCGGGGGCAGGAGCAGGCUGGAUGGGAACAGUUUGGAGUCUCAUGAAUAUAUUAUGAGAAUAGUUCCAACUACAUACGAGGAUUUGAAUGGAUUUAAGCUGACCGCUUUCCAAUAUACAUACGCGUACAGAUCCCAUAUAUCUUUUGGACACGGAGGCAGGGUUAUUCCUGCUCUCUGGUUCAGAUACGAUUUGAACCCUAUAACUGUCCGCUAUCACGAGGACCGGCCACCACUUUACCACUUCCUGACCACCAUCUGUGCAAUCGUCGGCGGAACCUUCACCGUGGCCGGGAUCAUCGACUCUUGUAUCUUCAGCGCUACCGAGAUCCUAAAGAAGUUCGAACUAGGAAAACUGAGCUAAAUACAAAGAUGAAUCUAAACUAUUAUCUGUGAUCUGGUUUAACGGACUUUAGCCAAGUGGAAUCCAUUUCAGUGCUAGCACAAGCGCCAAUUUGUUUUGUAUCAGCCGCCAUUUUUAAUUUCCUAACUUGGCGCAUUUUUUUAUAUUUUUUGCCAGCAGUAGUAACGCCAUCACCAUCCCCCCCUUAAUUUUUUUUAACAGUACUAGCAUCAACAUUUUUCCUUUAAUGGGAGUGUAAGAGGGGGGGGGGGGUAAAAAUAAAUCCUCUUUUAGAGGAAUCUUUUUAGAUCAAUGUUUAUUGUGCGUUUUUGACUUUAUUUGUUUUAAAAAAGUGUGAUUUUUCUCUCAUCUUACUUAUGUGUAGACUUUUGAAUAGUUGGUCUUGAGCAACAAAUCCAUAAACUUAAACUUGCUUUCAUGCUUUUUCUCUUCAAACACCUUGAGUGCCUGUACAGUGUACAUAAUGUUUAACAGUACAGUACAGUACAGUGCAGUACA